AUGUGUGGUGGGAAAUACAAGCGCGAGACUGGAUGGCCUUUUGCCGCUGGCAUGUUGACCUUUAUUUCUGUUAUGGAGUUUGUGGCCAUUUCUAUUGUGGCGUAUCUUUAUGAUCAUGAUGAUCAGUUUAAUAUUCCUGGAUGGUCGCUCGAUACGUCGUUCUAUCUCAGCACCACCGGGGCAGUUAUUUGCCUUCUGACUGCCACUGGUAUUGCUUUCUCCGCAUACCUUCUUCCCCCGGAGGAGGGAUACGAUUUUUUGUCAGACCCUCUCGAUGCUUAG